AAACGGCAUUUUCCCAGAGGCAAAAGCAUCCAGUUAGUAGCUGACUAAUACAUUUGGACCACACAAUGGCUGCAACCCUGAAGGAAGUGCUGAGGAACACUCUGGACAACCUCACAGGGGCUGAUUUUAAGAGGUUUAAGCACUACCUUCGGGACCAGGGCCAAAUCGCAUGGGGAAAGCUGGAGAAGGCCGACACAGACGACAAUGUGGACUUAAUAGUGCAGGUGUACAGCAUGGGAGCUGGGGACGUCAUGCUGUCCAUCUUGAAGAAGAUGAACCACAACCAGUUGGCCAUGGACUUGGAGAGAGAUCUGGGAAGAUUGGGAGGCCAGCAGAGUUCCCUAGGUCUGGGUGGAGGGGUCAACGUGAACGCCAUUGCUCACUCUGGAGGGAUGGUGAACGCCCCAGCCGUGACUGGCUGCACCAUCAGAGGCCCUGUCACCUUCAACUUUGGAGGAAGGCACAUGCCACAGCAAGAAGGGGGUCAUGGGUUCUUCAAGAAACACAAGGGGGAGCUAGAGGUCCGUCUUGGUGUCCUUGCCCCUCUUCUGAUCGACCUGGAGCGCAACAAAGUCCUCACCUCUCUGGAAAGGGAGGAGGUGCAAAGCAAGACAACCAGACAGGAAAAGAACUAUACCCUCAUGAGCAUGCUGGACAGGAAAGGCACCACGGCCCAAGAUAGGUUUUAUGAGGCUGUGAAAGCUCAUGACCCUCUACUGGUGGAGGACAUUGAGCAGUCUGCAAUGUAGUCUUCUGCUGUGCCCUUUUGAGAAGGAGAAACGGUGCUGUUUAAAUUGGAUUGUUUGGCUUGUUCCCAGGACAACCGGCAACGGCUCUACGUAGGUCUCGUACAUUCAUGAAAGGUUCUGCAGUAAAUGUUUGGCACCAAAGAACCCUUGUAUGUAUCUGCUAAAGAAAUGGAGAUUGCCUCACUUAAAAUGUAUAGACGUGAUGUGUAGAAUUAUGAAUUGAUCCUUUUCUAAAUCUUCAGCAAAUGAAUUGCUGAUGUCAAACCAAUUUAAACAUUCUAUAUUUGUAUUUUUUUUUUUCAGGUAGAUUGGUUUUACUGUUUAUUAUUAUGGUAGAUAAACAGAUAAAUACAUAAAUAUAAACAAACAAUGACCAAAUGACAAAAAUUAAUAACUUAGAGAAGAGCUUCUGCAUUACUGCGUCUGCGUCUGUGUCUGCGUCUGCGUCUGCGUCUGCGUCUGCGUCUGUGUCUGCGUCUGCGUCUGUGUGUGCUGGCUCCAGCACACUACUAUGGUUGCGUGUACGUGUGCUGCAGCCGGGCCAAGAGCCCACUCCUCUAACGGCUCUCCUGUGUGAACAAGCCAAAGAAACAUUGUUUGUUUUACCCUUAUGAAAUACAUUUAAAGAUUUAAAGAUUUAGCCAUAAAAUGUUAAUUGUGUGUCAAUCACAGAUGCAUUGUUUUACUCAUUAAGAUUUUUACUUAAAUUCUGAUAUGGAUACAGGUCUACCUAAAUGAGCCAUGGUUUUCUACGAUCUGCCUUUUUAAACAUAAACAUUUUAUCAUGAAUAUUAAUGUAAUAAGGAAGACUUGUCCCUGCCAGAUUUGGCUAUAUAUUUGAGUGUCGUCAUUUGUUCACAUGUUGAAAUCAGGGAUUCGUUAUUUUGUUGGGGGAUGGGUGGAUAUCAGAAUUAACGUAAUUGCUUCUAUGUAAAAUAUAUACUUUUUAAUGUUUCUUUUUCAUUUUAUCCUCUAUCUCAAUUUCCAUUUGUUUCUGUUGAACAAGGUUGAGACAUUUGAGAAAUAUCAAGUAUUUUUUAUCUGUAGAUCCCAUUUUUAAACAGCUGUCAUAUAAUGAUCAUGUAUGUCCAAGGCUCUCUCUAAACGCUAAAAGUAGCAGUUAGGGUUAGAGUUCACUCACAACCCACACA